AAUUAAACAGCUAAAAACAUCAGUGAAUUGAUUUAUAAUGUCAGAUGAUUCUGGCAAAAAGUUAUAGCAACUUAUAGGCGGGUCAAUGGCAAAUCCCUCCAAAUUAAUUUAAAAAAUACAACGGACUUACAGGCGGACCGACUUAUAGGCGAGUAUAUACGGUAUCCUCGAAUAAUUUGGCCAAGAACUAGAGUCAUUCCUAAAGAAGAAACAUGUUCUUGAAUUAAUUUAUUUUUUUAAGACCAUUUCGAAAUCCAUGGAGAUUGAGGAAGAAGGCACGAAGAAAAAAAUGGAUGCACUUAAGGUUUUCAGUGCUUCCAUAAAAUACUUAAGGGAUCAUAUGGUUUCUUCUUGCAAAAGUAAAUUCCCAGAAAUUGAAGAAGAAGAUAUUCUUUGGAUCCUAACAGUUCCAGCCAUUUGGACUGACGCAGCAAAGCAGUUCAUGAGAAUGGCAGCAGAACAAGCAGGGAUUUCCUCUGAACGGUUGAAAAUAGCUCUGGAACCAGAAGCCGCUUCCAUCUACUGUAAAUAUUUGCCAAUGGGAAAUAGAGGAAACACCUUCGAGCCUGGAUCAAAGUACAUGGUUAUUGAUGCAGGGGGUGGGACCAUUGAUAUAACUGUACAUGAAGUACAAACGAACAAUUCUUUGAAAGAACUCUACAGCGCAAAUGGUGGACCUUGGGGUGGAACAAACGUUGACGACGCCUUGCAGAGUCUGUUAACAGAUAUUUUUGGAAAGGAUGUAAUGCAGGAGUUUUCGAAAUCUCAAAAAAUGGAUCAAUUAGAUCUUUUCAGAGAUUUUGAAAUCAAGAAGAAAACUGUUAAACCAGAAUUUAAGAAAGAUGAGUUUAUAACUUUGAGAGUCCCACAUAGCCUGUCCAGUCUUUAUUCUGUUUUAAAGGGAAGAGAUAUUUCUUCAAGCGUUCAGUCAAAUGACAAAUAUAAAGCAAAAUUGAAAUGGUUUGGAGAGAAAUUGAGAAUGGAACCCGGUAUAACAAAAGCAUUGUUCGACAAAAGUUGCAACCAAAUCGUUAAACAUGUGCAGUCAAUUCUUUGCGAAAACGCAAUGAGAGAUGUCGGAACAAUCUUAUUAGUAGGAUGGUAUGCAGAGUCUCUAAUGUUGCAGAAGGCUAUAGAAACAAACUUCAAUCAACUUAAAGUCAUUCCAACACCAGAAGCGGGUCUUUCUGUUUUGAAAGGAUCAGUUAUUUUCGGCCACGAACCAGAUGCAAUUUCAUCUAGGGUGAGCACAUACACAUAUGGCAUACGUACAAACGUAAAUUUCAAUCCAAGUGAACAUCCUGAAAAAAAGAAAACAUUAGUAAACGGAAUUGAAAAAUGCAAAGAUAUUUUCAAUAUUCAUGUACGAGUUGGUGAAACAAUGCACGUAGGUGAACCAACAACUUCACAAACUUAUGUCCCACAAAAUCCCGAUCAAAAAACUAUAGGGUUCACAAUAUUCACUUCACCAUGUAAAAAUCCGAAAUUUACCACUGACCAAGGAUGUCGCUGUGUGGGCUAUUUGCGAUUAUAUAUGCCAGAAACUUCGAAGGACACUGAAAAAGAAGUUGAUGUCCAAAUGACAUUUAGUGGGACAGAAAUAGAGGUAUCUGCGAUCGACAAAAUCACCAAAAAAGCUGUCAAGACAUCGGUAGAUUUUUUACAUUAAGGUUGAUACACAAAAUUAUGCGAACAUUGUUAAUUUGUCGGAAAAAAAAAAUAUAAUACUACUUUCCGUAUGAAUAUCCGUAUGAAGUACUCUAGAUCACUUUACUCGGAUCACGACAGAAGUGACUGGUCAACAGGUUUAAUAAAUCGUAAUCCUCCUAGAACCUAACUUGUAUCUCACUUAUCGGGUACUAGUGGUCAAUUUUUCUCCUAAGUUCAACAUUCAUUUAGUUUACUAAAUCUAUAAAAUUGAACAAAUUUCUAUUAAAUUUACAUUUUACAUGGGUUUCAUGAGCACAAAAUUUACAAAAUUCAAUUACAUAAUUUAUGUAAUUAGGAACAAGAUAAUUUUACGUUAAUAUUUAACCUUCAUCCAUUUUAGAGUUACUGCAUGAAUUUGAGUAAAGGUUUUAUAAGAGUAUGCAAAAUUUGUCUAGAUUACUGUUACUGAAUAAUUACUUUAUAAAACAUAAGCCUCUCUUUUAACUUGCAUAAAAGUAAAUGGUUAACACACUGGAGUAAAAAAAAGUUAUAUUAAAAGUAACCGGAACAUACAUACGUAUAUUUCUGAAGCAUUUAUGUUACACUCCAAUAUAUAUCCUUUCGAAGUCUUUAUGCUGCUUCUUCUUUUCAUUGCUGAUUGUAAAACUGCCUAUUUCAGAAAAAAUUGCGAUGAUUUGUUUUACAAUAGUUUUUUUUUAAAUAAAACAUAAUAUACAUAUGCGUACCAUAAAUUAAAGCAACAAGGGAGGCAAAAGAACAAAAUGAAAGACACAAUAAUCUUUGUACAGUGUUCAUUACAAAUUUAAAAGAAAAUAUCUGAUUGAAACAAAAGUUUCAAAAAAACCAAAUUUCAGAGAAUGUUUUUAACAUCUUGUACAAAUCAAUGGCUUAUUAAAGGCUGUACUUCAAAUCCUUCGAGAGAACCUCUUAAAAAGAUAAGAUAAUAUCAUAUGAAUUAAACUUAUAAUAUCAUCAAGAAUACAUAUUAUACGAGGUGAAUAUAUAUAUUAAGUAUAUCAAUAGAAAUCAAAGAUAAAAUGAUAAUAGUGGAGUUGCAGACCGAUUACUCUUCAAAGGAACGUCUGGAAAGGAAAAAAAGACAUACUUUUUUAUUCUUAAAAAUAGUUGUUCUGCAGAAUUAAUCGUUGUGAUUUGAAAAGACGGAUACGUUUCUUUCAAGAAUCAUACAUUACGAUAUACAUUACAGAUUUGGUAUUAUCAAUUUUUCCUUGAUAAUUUUUAUUUGUAUUAUUCUUAUUUUUUUUAAAGCUUCAUCAAAGAGAAACAGAAUUAUAUACACUUUAUUGAUGCAGAAAUUUGCUUCAUGUAUUGUAUUGAGUAUUAAAACGUCUUAAAUAUA